AUUAGUUAGCCUGACGUCUAGAGUCUAAAGUCUAGUGUAACUUUAUUGACGUUACAUUUGCAUGGACAAUAGAAUUAAAUGAAAUUGUAGUUAGGAAGUAAGCACCAACAGAUAACAGAUGUGUAUUUGGUUUGUCCUGCUGCAUAUCUUCUACACCGUCUUUCAAAGUGUACAGUAUCAACGUAUGUAUCCUAGCAGGUGACGACAGCUGUACUUCUGUGAAGAGCCAUACUUAUUGAUUCAAUCAUGAUACACGCUCGAAGAGAUAAACUGAGAUUGUUUUUUGCUGUGAUUUCCCUCAUUAUUAUCACGAGUCUUGUCCUCAGACUCCUGCAAACUUUUGAAUUUACACCACCAAAUAUAAUGGAGAGAUCAGUGGGAGUGGAAAAUCCUGUCGAAUUGAAACCUGAUCGUAACAAUAAUGGUCCCCGUGCUGGCAAGUGUGGCCUUGCAGCAUCAUGUCCUAGAAGUGGUUUUGCUUUUAAAAUUGCCAGUGGAGCAACAAAUGUUGUUGGACCACUAAUAUGCUUUGAUGGGAAAAUGAUUAUUGAGAAAACAGUUGGUCAUGGACGGCCCGGAAUUACUAUUGUGGUUAUAAAAGAAACAACAGGUGAACUGAUUAAAACGGGAACCUAUAAUAUGUGGAACGGAGAUGUUCGUGAGUUGAUAGAAUUUCUGAAUUCAAUCGAGGAUGGUUCAUUUGUUUUUAUGGCUACUUUUGAUGAUCCAGCUACAAAACUUAAUGAGGAAGCACGGAAUAUAAUCGCAGAACUUGGGAGUGCUUAUGUUUCAAAAUUGGAAUUCAGAGAUAAUUGGGUCUUUGUAGGAGGGAGGAAAACUAUGAUACAAGUCUCUUUUGAGCAGCAUCGGAAGAAUGACAAGUCAACAAAUAAGUAUGGAGCCUGGCCAGAAAUGAUUGAGAUGGAAGGUUGCAUACCACGACUAGACUGAUUUUCCCAGAAGUCUUGAAUGUUUCUACUGCUUAAAGAACAAAUGUCAAUCACUAAACCCAGCUACAAUAUUUGCCAUAACUGACCCACAUAUCUGAUGUACAGUUUAUAUAAAUACACAGAUACAGUUUACAUGUUUUGUAAUAGCCUAUCUCUGAGAUGAUGUCACUGUUUGUCCCAUAACAUAAAGUAUAAUAUAUGAUAUUUGAAAAUAUAUAGUUACUGUAUUAAUAGAAUUUAUUUAUAUUCUGUAAGCAUUGCCGUUUUUUAUUUGUUUUCCUGUAUCAUUUAUAAAACUCUACUUUUGUG